AAUUUGAUUGCUUAAAAUAAAUAUAAAUAUAUAACAUUUGCAUGAAAAAAUUGUGACAAAGGCUAAUAAUAAUCCCGGAAUGAUUACUCCUUCCUGUGUUGCCGAAUAACCCAAAACAUUCGUUGUUGAUGUGGUAACUCUGAUGGGAUAAACAGAACAAACUAGGAUCAAUGAAUGUCAAGGGCGGUAUGCGGAGAUCGCAUGUGCAAUCCGUUGUGUCAUCUUAAUUUUUAAGCAGACAAUUACUUAAUGUGAUUGGUCUAUUCAAACAUACAUUGAAAUUUUCUUUUAAAGUCCUUUUAAUCACUAUCAUCCCACAAAUUACAUUCUGACAACAAAUAAUUUUUCUUAAUUUUAAAAAGUUGGCAACUCUGCAAAACGAAAAUGGCGUUCCCGUCGUUCCUUUUGUUAUCCGUGCAGCUGGGAAGUGUAGUAAAUGUGAAGUACUUGUAUAUGUGUGUGUGUGCUGUUCAAAUGCACUGAAAAGUUAUGUUCUCUCUUCCUUAUCCCUUCGGUUGAUAAGUGGAGCCCAAAAUUCGAUUUGAAAGAUUUCAUCGUUUUAAUAAGAUAUAUCGGCUUCGUUUACAGCAUUCUUUUUUAUUAGCCUAAUUAUUAUGAUAAAGACGGCUAUGGUGAAAUGAAAUAUGAACAAAAUGAAUGAAUAAAAAAUCCCAGACUUCCCAUACAAAGCAGUGUGUGUAGUGGUUCUACUGCUUCUGCCGUGUGUCGCUGUUCUGUUUGUUGUGUGAAGGGUUGAACUUCGCGGAUUUGUUGUGUAUAUGGUGAAGAAAGAUAUUUUACUGUGAAAACCACAAAUUUAGAAUAAGGUGUAAAUCAUAACGGCACAUUCUGUUGCAUUUAGAUUUUAGUCAACAACACAAGUUGGUGAAAAUGCCUAGUGCAUCAUUUACCUCGUCGCGCUCUUAUGUGCGGCGCUCCAAACGAAAGGGUGCCAAUCGCAUAGCUCUGCCCAAUCGUCCGGUUGGAAAUAUCAUGGAUCCCAUGCUACAAAAUGCAUCGUCUCAAAUAAUACAAAACCAUUCGGCCAUCAAUAGCACCUCCACAUCGUCGACCACAGGUUCAUGUCCACCAACAACCGCAAGUACAUCGAAUGCAGCAGGUCUGUCGUCUUUAAAACAAAGUUUAGGUGGAACAGCUGGAUCAUCCGCUGGUGAUAUGUAUGAUAGUUCAGGACCAUCUUGCUCAAAGUCUAGCCAAGGACACAACUCUUCGACAAAUAUGGGCUUAAAUCAAUUGGGCAGUGGUGCAAAUACUGGUGGUAACAAUUCGGGUCAGGUGUCAUUGUUCAAUUCACUAUCAGAAUAUGUGGGAAUGCAUAUAAAUGACUCUGAUGCAGGCACAUCGAGUAGUGGUGGGUUUUUAUCCGGGAUUGCAGCAGCAACUUCAACAUCCACAUCUGCGGCAUCAACAUCAUCAUCGUCGUCAACAUCAAACGCAUGCGUUCAUCAAUCACCCUACGAUCUUCGUAGUAAACUACCCACAAGCAGUAGUCAAGAUCAAUGGCCCACAUCUGCAGUAUUGCCAUCAUCUAGCACUAACAAUGUAACUGCGACCAGCAAUACCUCCCCUACGCCGUCUUGCUCACAUGCAACACAUAGCCAUAGCACAUCCAUGACAGGAGUUAUAGUGGGUCCCUCGUCUUCAUCAUCAUCAACGUCUUCUGGCUCAAAUUUGAUGAACACCAGCAGUGCGACUGCUACAAGCACUUCCAAUCAGUCAUCCGCCGCUGUUAUUCACGCACCCUCAACAAAUGCGUCGUUCCCGGUGAACAAUGCCCACGCAACAGGAGCUCCUCUCACACACCCGCCAACUGUACACAGUUCCAUACCACAACAGCAUUGUAGUGCUCUGCCCAUAGGCGGAUCAGAUGCAAAUAGUUUCAUGUUACCAGCCCGCAAAAGGUCUCGGCGCUUAUACACGGUAAAUGUGGAUACGGCCCUAUUGUCCCCGCCCAGUUUAGGAGGAGGAGGUGGCAACAGCUUUGUGGGACCUUCUGCUGCACAGUAUUUACAGUAUGAACUGCCCGAUGAGGUGCUGCUGGCAAUUUUCUCUUAUCUAUUGGAGCAAGAUUUGUGCCGUUUGGCACAAGUGUGCAAGCGUUUCAAUACUAUUGCCAACGACACUGAACUAUGGAAACGUUUAUAUCAGUCGGUCUUCGAAUAUGAUCUCCCGCUGUUCAAUCCGGAAAUUUGCAAAUUUGUCUUUGAGAAACCAGAAGAGUCGGAGUAUCCAAACGCAUGGAAAGAGAGUUUUCGCCAACUAUACCGAGGUGUCCAUGUGCGCCCAGGUUAUCAAAAUAAGAAAUAUUCUGGUCGUAGCAUAGUCUUUUUCGAUACCAUACAAGCUGCCCUUGACUAUCCGGAGGAAAGAGCGGCCGUAGUGGGCGGGGCAUCGACCUUAGCGGCAGCCAUAAAUGCGGGUCUCUCAAAUCCAACAGCUGGUGGGGCGAGUGUUAAUGCACUGGCCAAUAUGUAUGAGGACAAUGUGCCACCCCUAGAUCAUCCGGGUCCUUUGAUAUUCCUACAUGCUGGUCAUUAUAAAGGGGAAUAUCUUUUCAUUGAUUCGGAUGUGGCUUUAAUUGGUGCAGCCGCCGGCAAUGUGGCCGAAGCGGUGGUGCUUGAGCGAGAAGCAGGUUCCACGGUCAUGUUUGUGGAAGGAGCCAAAUACGCUUAUGUGGGUUAUUUAACAUUGAAAUUCUCUCCUGAUGUCACAUCGACGGUUUCCCAUCACAAACACUAUUGUCUUGACAUUGGAGAGAAUUGUUCGCCCACGGUUGAUAAUUGCAUCAUACGCAGUUCGUCUGUUGUGGGGGCAGCUGUAUGCGUGGGCGGAGUUAAUGCCAAUCCAAUUAUAAGAAACUGUGACAUUAGCGAUUGUGAAAAUGUGGGAUUGUAUGUCACCGAUUAUGCCCAAGGCACAUACGAGCACAACGAAAUCAGUCGCAAUGCCCUUGCUGGAAUAUGGGUAAAGAAUUAUGCCUCUCCAAUAAUGAGGGAGAAUCACAUACACCAUGGACGUGAUGUGGGUAUUUUUACAUUCGAAAAUGGAAUGGGCUAUUUUGAAAAGAACGAUAUUCACAACAAUAGAAUAGCGGGAUUUGAGGUGAAGGCAGGUGCCAAUCCAACAGUGGUCAAAUGUGAGAUUCAUCAUGGCCAAACCGGUGGUAUUUACGUGCACGAGAAUGGCUUGGGUCAGUUCAUAGAGAAUCGUAUACAUUCAAACAAUUUUGCAGGUGUUUGGAUAACUUCGAACAGCAAUCCCACAAUAAGGAAAAAUGAAAUCUACAAUGGUCAUCAGGGAGGCGUUUAUAUAUUCGGCGAAGGUCGUGGUCUGAUUGAGCACAAUAAUAUUUAUGGCAAUGCCUUGGCUGGCAUACAAAUACGCACAAACAGUGAUCCCAUAGUACGGCACAACAAAAUUCACCACGGCCAACAUGGUGGGAUUUAUGUGCACGAAAAAGGUCAGGGUUUAAUCGAAGAGAAUGAGGUGUAUUCAAAUACAUUGGCUGGUGUAUGGAUAACUACGGGUAGUACUCCUGUUUUAAGGCGGAAUCGAAUACAUUCCGGCAAACAAGUUGGUGUUUAUUUCUAUGACAAUGGCCAUGGAAAACUGGAAGACAAUGAUAUUUUCAAUCAUUUGUAUUCGGGCGUUCAAAUACGUACCGGCAGCAAUCCCGUGAUAAGAGGCAAUAAAAUCUGGGGUGGCCAAAAUGGCGGAGUACUCGUCUACAAUGGUGGCUUGGGCCUUUUGGAGCAGAAUGAAAUUUUCGAUAAUGCCAUGGCUGGUGUUUGGAUUAAGACUGAUUCGAAUCCCACAUUGAAACGCAAUAAAAUCUAUGAUGGUCGCGACGGUGGCAUUUGUAUAUUCAAUGGCGGCAAAGGCAUACUCGAAGAGAAUGACAUUUUCCGUAACACCCAAGCGGGUGUUUUAAUAUCUACACAAUCCCAUCCCAUAUUGCGGCGUAAUCGUAUCUACGAUGGACAAGCAGCCGGCGUAGAGAUUACCAAUAAUGCAACUGCCACUCUGGAAUAUAAUCAAAUAUUUAAGAACAAAUUUGGUGGCCUCUGUUUGGCCAGCGGUGUUCAACCCAUAACGAGAGGUAAUCAAAUUUUUAACAACGAAGAUGAGGUGGAAAAGGCCGUGUCGGGUGGCCAAUGCCUCUACAAAAUAAGCAGCUAUACUUCAUUUCCUAUGCACGAUUUCUAUCGGUGUCAAACGUGCAAUACCACAGAUCGCAAUGCCAUUUGUGUGAAUUGCAUUAAAAAUUGUCAUGCAGGGCAUGAUGUGGAGUUUAUAAGACAUGAUCGUUUCUUCUGUGAUUGUGGUGCCGGCACCUUAUCGAAUCAGUGUCAAUUGCAGGGUGAGCCUACACAAGAUACCGAUACUCUGUAUGAUUCAGCGGCGCCCAUGGAGUCUCAUACACUAAUGGUAAAUUAACUAGAACUUUAAACACUUGGCGAUUUGCAGUCUACAUUUUCAUCCCAAACCUCGGCGCAUGAAAGGCACAAUAGACGAAAUUGGCUACAGUUCAAGCAAUUAUGUAUUUCGUAAGACUAUCAUCUCGUCUAUUCCCAUAAUCGUAGAAAUCGGCAAACAAAACAAAAACAAAAGCGAAAGCAAAAGAAAACAAGUUACUUCGAGUUAUUAUUGUUGCUAUAUAUAUUUUAUACAUACAUGUACAUAAAUAUGCAUAUAUGUAUGUAUGUUGCACAAUGUGCUAUGCAUUGGCAAUGAUAACAAGUGAACGAUAAAGGACGGUGAUGGUCGAUCUACAAUACAUAUGCAAAUGCAUUCAACAAGCAGCAGGCACACUAUAAGAAUAGUCUUUUAAGAGUAUCCUCUUAUGUAUCUUCUUCCUUUAUUAGAAAUAGUUGCGCAUAUACAAACAAAAUAGCUUAUUUUACAUUUUAAGUUGAAUGUAGUACUUAUGGGAAAGUUACUGAUUAGUUUGCUACUAUAACAACAACAACAACAACUACUACGUAAUACAACAUAAAACUAUAUGCAAAGUUUCAUAAUGAUAAAAAAAAGAAAAUGAAUUUCUCUCGAAUUUAGAAAGAUUAAAAAAAAAACAAAAAAAUCAGUAUUUACCCUCUCUAUAUAACCCUACACACACACACACGCCCACACCCCCCCCACACACACACACCCCAUAAAUCAUCGUAUUACACACACCCACAAAUAUACCCAUAGAUGCAAGCGAGCCAUUUAUGUCAGUUUCAAAUGUAUAAGAAUUGCUUUAAGUUUUUCCACCCGUCUUUAAUGUAUGGUGAAUUCGAGUCGUUUGACGACUAGCAUGUCGUCACAUUCACAGUUCAACAUUGUUGCAGAAAGAAAAGGCACUAUCACGAAAAACAUACAUUGUACAUAUACAUACAUACACAUACAUAUAUAGAUAUAUAUUUUACAAAAAUUCAUUCUAAGCAUAAAGUUACUUUAAAUAAUAAUAAUAUUUUAUAGAAUCUCUUUACUCUCUUGUGUGCAAUUUAGAUUUCCACAUUUUAUUGUAAUGUAUAGUUCCACAUUUAUGUAGACAUAGCUAUGUAUUUAGAACCAUCCCCCCGCCUGCCUACUACUACUCAAUUUGAAAAAAAAGAAGAGAAAAGUGUGUGGCUUUGGGCGAAUUAUGCUGCAAUGUUUUGUAAAAAUAAGCAACAAGUGAAAGAAUAUAAGACACCAAAAUCCCAGUGAAA